GCGGGGGGGAGAGGGCUGGUAUAUUGCCGCAGCGGCGGUGGCGGCAGCUCGGCUUCCUUGCUCCAAAGCAGAGCGCGGUCGGAGCGGCAGCAGCGACGCAGUUCCUCCCGGUUCAGAGAUUCGGAGCCAUGAGAGGUGGUGGCAACACCAACUGGGUAGUGGUGAUAGCUUCGGCACUGACCAUGCUUUGGGCCAGUGCAAAGGACAUAGAAGAUCAUUGCUUGCCUGGAGGGAAGCACAAAGCCAAUCCAAGCCCAGAAGGACAGUUGGGUGUCUGCCAGAUUUAUGCAGAGAAUGCCUGUUGCUCACCAGAAUUUGCCCAGGAACUUUCCAAAGCCAAUGCCAGAACCUGGAAUCAUUGCGGGAGCGUCAGCAUCAGAUGUGAGGAGUACCUUCAGCAACUGGAUUGUUUCUACCACUGCUCCCCCAUUGCUGCUCAAUGGCCUCAUCCUCAACGACACACAGCCCUGCUGGCUGUGCCCCUCUGCCAGAGUUUCUGUGACCAGUGGUACGAUGCUUGCAGAGAAGAUCUGCCCUGCCCUGGUAACUGGCCCUGGGGAGCUGAUGGACAUAACUGCAGUCGGGAAUGUCAUUCCUAUGGCCAGAUGUACAGGGACGGCAAGGAGCUAUGUGAGAACAUCUGGGAUGAAGCUUUCACAGUCAGCACUGACCCCUGCCAGUGCCUGAUGCUGGGUGCCUCUGACACAGCCUUCUCCACCUCUUAUUCUCACCUCAAAGAGAGCAACAGCCUGAAGGAAGCAGACAUCAGCAAGGAAGGCAAGGAAAGAAAAGGUCACGUGAGCCCUUGCACAGGCAACCUUUUGCUCCAACGUCUGAGAAGGAAUCUGCAGAAACGUUCUAUUUUUGUGGAAGACAUGGAGGGAAGUGGAAGUGGAUUCUAAUCCAAGGUAGCCACCCUUCCAAAAGAAAAAGCCCCCUCUCCAGUUAUUGCCUGGGGCUUGGGGGGAUCGCUUGUGAUCUAUGCAAUUCUGUUACAUCCCAUACUACCAGCUUCCUGCCAUCUUGUACAACUCUGUGCAUCUCAUGGCAUAGGUUAUGAAUCUGGCACCUUCCAGGGCUCUGAGCCCUAUGCCCUAGCAGUAGUUUAGACCAUUAGGGCACCUCAUCUCUUAGGUACUUGCCUAUCACCAAGGUUUUCCCCAAACACUCAAGAGUAGAAAAGGCAUUACAGAACAGUAAGCAUUUUCCUCUCCAUAUUCUUCAUGUCCUAAGAGAAGGCCCAAGGAAGAAUCAUCCUAGAAGGCAAAAGGCAAGAGCAGCCUUAACAGGCGUUGGCUGAAGGAAAAUAUUUGCUGGGGGGAGAGAAUGAACAAGGGGGGAAAAACGUGAACUAAUCAGUGCUGGAAAAAUUAGCCUCAGUUGUUGCCAUGGCUUCAAAUACAAUUGCAAGUAGGACUCAAGUAAAAUGGAAGGAUCUUCCUGAGCGACAAAUGAAAAGGGGAAAAUAGGGAAGGGCACUAUCCAU